UCUCAGCUUAUCUUGAACCUCACCUGGUGCAUGGCCUCGGGAUAGCCGUACAGGACAAUCAAUACAUUGAGUCUAAAAGAAUUCUUGCCGUUAAUUUGGUCCUUUAUAUCUCUUAUCUUCAAUUGCGUCCGAAGAGUGAACCUGCACGCAGGGUUGCCUCUCCAUCCUCGAUUGAUGCAACUGCUUCCAGUUCUAGUUCUAGUUGACGGCGCGCAAGGUGGAAUAGUACUCCUUUGGCGAAGAUAUAAUUGACCGCAUUCCUCCUGUGUGACACUAGUUGAAAAUACCGCUGCGUUCACAAGGAACUUGCGUGAGAACAAUAGAGAUAACUUUCCACUGCGCGCUGAAAACUAGGUGGUGGAACUUGAAGGCUUUAUACCAAGGGGUCUCACCUAUCAGUUGUAGCUGGACUACUACUUUACUACUACUACUACUACUACUACUACUACUACUACUACUACUACUACUACUACUAUUACUACUACUAUUACUACUACUACUAGUACUACUACUACUAGUACUACUACUACUUCUUCAGUUAUUUGCAACAUGACUGCCGUCACCUCCGCCUCAAUAAUUAACGACCACGAAUCAGAGGGUUCCAGAACAGACCACAGUCCCUCUCGAUUUACAGCAGUGAACGGGAAGGACUCCUUGAUAUCUGCGACACCGACGUCUGUUCCUGCUGUCCCUAGCUCAGCAACGGACGAAGACUCACGAGAACCCUCUGAGCACUGUGGAAGAAGCGGUUACGAUGAUACAACACAUCGGCAUGAGGAACGAAUACGUGAGAAUGGAAACCUCAAGAACGACCAAGAAGAUCGACGGUCACAACGAUCGUCCUCGCAAUGUGCUGUGUCUGUUACUAGCAGAAGCAAACGAAAGAGGUCGGGAUCUGGUGAACAUGAAGACGAUGCUCAUUCCACUCACAGAGCCCCGAAAAGCCCAGCCUCUCACCUAAACGACACUACAAAUCAAAAUAUGCACCCAUGUACAUCCAACGGAAGCACGACAUCCCAGGCCGACCAGGAUCUUAAGAACACGUCCCCCUUGGUGUACACAAGGCCAGAGGGGAGUGAGGAUUCACGAACCUCAGCAAAUACUACCUGGCAUGAGUAUGAUGCCCAGUUGGUCAGCCAAGCACAGCGUGCGCAACAGAUUGAUGCAUCAGAUGCUCAAUUGGCAGAGGCACUCCAACGUGAGGCUCAGGGGCAUGAUGUAACUCAGAAGAAUUGGACUACGGUCAGUCGCUCAAUAGAAGGUACCACACAGAAUGAGCAGUCUUCAUCAUCGUUGGCUGGGUUUUCCCAGGAGCGGCCGCAAACUGCUGUACAAGUUGCGCCAAAGAGAAAGCGCGUUUUCAGCAACAGAACUAAAACUGGGUGUAUGACAUGCCGAAGGAGAAAGAAAAAAUGUGACGAACAACACCCUGCAUGUAAUAAUUGCAUCAGGGGUGGUUUUCUCUGCGAGGGCUAUUCCUCACGGAGUACAUGGCAGAAGCCGUCAAGUGGGAAAACGCCAGUUCCUUUACAAUCAAAGGAAGGCUAUGCAGAUGUCGGCAGUCAAUACGUGCAUGACAUCAACCAACAACAUGAUCGACAACAAAAUUUGACCGAACAAUUCGAGGGAGGGAAGAUGCGGUCGAUUAUUGUAGACGAUAACGACCGCACCACCACACAGUUCAACAACUCAAGCCCAACAGGCGUUGGUUCCGGCCGUGGGUCAUGGUCCAAACGGUCCUGGCCGAAUACAGGCCACACCACUUAUAUCACAGAUCAUAUCGCAAAGCCAGAUUACCGAGAUGUACCGUCCAUCCAUGAGUUACCCCGCGAAAGUCACCCGAAAACAGAUUAUCAAAUCGUGCCGCCGAUUCGGGAGCUAUCACAUGGUACCGCCCAUGGGAAACCAGGGGUCUCGCUUUUCCAAGGCGGAAUUGACCAGCGACCAGGUCUUGCUACUAAUGUGGACACUAGCAGUCCACAAGCCCAAGCGCGAAUGGCCCUGAGCAUUGAACAUCAGUUAUCUGCGCGCACCGUUCCCGGUGAAGAGACAGAAAAGGAUAAAAUGAUACGUGGUGAACUUUAUCGACCCUUCGAUGUUCAUCUUGUGGAAGAGAGAGAGCGCUGUAAAGCCGCGCUGUGGCGGUUCAACAAUGCCUGCAAUCCUGUUUCUGGACUAAGCAAUAAAGAACAAAACCGCCUUCUUAAAGAAAUAUUAGUACCACCUACUUCGGCAGUGGGCUCACCCUCAGGUGUCACCUCCCCUCGCCCGACGGGUUCCAUCGGGCAAGGUGCGGUUGUUGAAGCGCCCUUCCAGUGCCAUUACGGAUAUAACAUUCACAUUGGCGAGGAUGUGAUGAUAUCUGAGAGCUGUUUAUUUGUGGAUGAUUGUCCUAUCACUAUCGGUGCCCACACGUGGAUUGGUUCCAGGGUGACUAUUCUUAGUUCAAUGGCCCACGCAAAUAUGCAGGAGCGUAAAGGGUCUCAAAGCCGUUAUCAAGGACGACCCGUUACGAUUGAAGAAGAUUGUUACGUUGGUGCUGGCUGUACUAUUUACCCUGGUGUUCGCCUUCGACGUGGAGCUUAUGUGGCACCAGGUGAAGUUGUCAAAUCCGACAUCGUAGCUUAUGGGUUUCAGGGCCUUAAACCCAGCUACAUGUGAGAAAACCUUCAUCGCACUGCAUUUAUAUGAAGUCACUUGAAUUUCGUGUUUGAUGCUAUUGUCUGGGGCUGUGAUUUCCGCAGCUGCAUGUUCUGAUCAUGCACUUAACACUCUCGUCGGCUUUUUGUAAACUAUUCUUUCACAUUCGUUUGCUUAGCCCAUCUUCUCAUUUCCCAGGCUUCUUCUUAGCGCCUGUCUUCUCGGGCCAGAAUUCUGACCGGUUCAGGACAUGUGGUUCAUGCUACGAGAUUUCAUGUGACAAUUCCGGUCACUUUCUUAGUAUAUAUAUAAUUGAUGAUUCAUCCUGCUACUUAU